CGCCGCGGCGGGCAGGAGCGUGCGGGCUGCGGGCUGGCACCGGGCCCGCCCCGCCCAGCAGCGGCACCGGUACCGGUACCGGCACCGGCACCGGCCCGGCCCAUGGAGGCUCCGGGAGCGGUCGGCACCGUAGGCAGCCGGUGAGCCCAGGCCGGAGCAGGGUGGCGUGGCCGGCAACGUGGCCGGCGGCGUGGCGUGACCAUGCAGACGGAGGCCAGAGGGGAUUUCUGCGGCAGAGACCAGCGCCCCGAACUCAGCAAGGAGACGCUGGCCCCAGAGCACCCUGUGGGGACCCCUGUCCACGGGCCAGCCCAGGAGCCCCCCACAGACCCCGUGGAGGAGCAGGGCGGCAUCCCCAUCCCCAGCGCCGGCCUGCUGCAGGUCACCGAGCGCAGACAGCCCCUGAGCAGCGUCUCCUCGCUGGAGGUGCACUUCGACCUGCUGGACCUGACAGAGCUGACUGACAUGUCGGACCAGGAGCUGGCCGAAGUCUUCGCCGACUCCGAUGAGGAGAACGUGGCCGGAGAGUCGCCCAGCGGGCUGCAGCCGCAGGUGGUGCCACGGGCCGGGUACCUGCGCUCGCCCUCCUGGACCCGAGCGCGGGAGCAGGGCCGGGAGAAGAAGCACCUCAGCGACCCAGAGCUGCCGCCGGGACCCCCGGACGCCUUCCUGCCCGCCGAGCGCCCGCGGGAGCCCUAGGGGCUGCCCCGGCACCGGGGGACGGACGCAGGGACACGCCAGGGGACAGACGUGGGGACACAGCAGUGCCAGUCGCCUCCUUUCAUCCCCAGCACCGACGGAGCCCAUCCCCGCCGCCCUGCCCGGGGGGGCCGGGGUGCAGGACUGAUGCCGCGGGGGGGGGGGUCACCUCUCCCGGAGGCACGGCGGACCGGCCCCGGGGAGAGGAGCCCCGGGGAAGGAGGCACGGGGCCGGCCAAAGCCGGUGGCCCGGAGCGGCCCCCCGAGCGGCGGGGAAGGAGCAGCCGGCCCCCCCCCGCCGGGACCCGGGGCUGCCCGUAGCCCAGCGCGGGGCCGGCGCGGUCCCGUCUGCCGCGGCGGAGCAUGGCCGGUGCCGGUGCCCGCCCGGUCCUCAUGUAGCAGCGUUUUGUUCCGGUAAAACCGACCGACCCACCACCGCCGCGGCUCUGCCCGUCUCCGUCGCCGCUGGGCGGGGAGGGGGGGUUGCGUCAGGGGAGGCGACCCCCGGGCGGGACACGGGGCUCCCCCGGGGGAGACCGGGGAAGGGGGCGGCGCGGGAGGGGAACCCA